UGGAAGUUCAGUGUUGCGGGCAAAACGCUUUGCGCAGGCGCGGCGCUGACAGCCGCUCUCUGUACCUGAUCUGCAAAGUCUGUUUAACGAUGGCCUGGAAAUCAGGAGGAGCCAGCCAAGCUGAGCUCGUCAACAACCUCCGCAAAAAUGGGAUUAUUAAAUCAGAUAAAGUUUUUGAAGUCAUGUUGGCCACAGAUCGUGCAUGCUUUACAAAAAGUAAUCCAUACAUGGAUUCCCCUCAGUCAAUAGGUUACCAGGCAACUAUCAGUGCUCCACAUAUGCAUGCAUAUGCUUUGGAGCUUCUUCACGAUCAGUUAUAUGAAGGGGCUAAGGCACUGGAUGUUGGAUCUGGAAGUGGAAUCCUUUCUGUUUGCUUUGCACGGAUGGUUGGCCCUGAGGGAAAAGUCAUAGGAAUUGAUCAUAUCAAAGAACUGGUGGAUGAGUCAAUAAACAAUGUUAAGAAAGAUGACCCCAGUUUAAUAACAUCAGGAAGGGUAACACUGAUUGUGGGUGAUGGCCGAAUGGGAAAUGCAGAGGAAGCUCCCUAUGAUGCUAUUCAUGUCGGUGCUGCAGCACCAACUGUGCCGCAAGCACUCCUAGACCAGUUGAAGCCUGGUGGCAGGUUGAUUCUCCCGGUGGGCCCAGCAGGUGGAAACCAGAUGCUAGAACAGUACGAUAAGCUGGAAGACGGCAGCAUCAAAAUGAAGCCUCUCAUGGGAGUGAUCUAUGUGCCUUUGACAGAUAAAGACAAGCAGUGGUCCAGGUGGAAGUAACUUACUAUCCAGUUUUUCUUCUUCUGCAGAAAGUGACAAAAGGGAUGAACUGUGAAGCACCAUCACUUGUCUUGCUUUAUAGGAUUAACCUGGAGUGGAUUUCUGCAGAGCUAAACAACUAAAAAUGACAGCAUUGCAACUUGUUUUGGACUUUUUUUUUUUCUGAGCCUGAAUUUGGUUUUUCAGGUGUAGGCUUUUUUUUUUUUGGAGUUGUGGCUAAAAUAAUAAUAAUCAUUAUUUCUCAUUUAUCAAUUUCUAUUUAAGUUGAUUUGGACAAACACAUAUUUCUUAACUGCUGUUUUGGUGCGGUGAGUGUGUAAAGCCUUUAUUAUGUAUUGCUAAUGUGCCCCUUAUGACACUACAUGCAUAAUAAGAUUUCUGUAUGCAGUCAUCUCUAUUGCUAUGCUCAACGCUAGUAAGAAACUUUUACUGCAUUUCUUUCAAGCUUUUUUCACAGAGAGCAACACUCAACAUACAACAGCUGAUAUUUUACUCUUUCUGUAACUGAUGUUUUGCUGUUUGGUUAAAAUGCAAUACCAGACAGUGUAUGGAAUGAUGCUGCAGUUGUCUGUAUUAUCUCCUGUACAGAUUGGACAUACUAACACAUCUCUUUAUUUAUACACUGCAUUAUGGGUUUCUCGUUUUUUUUUUUUUUUUUUUUUUUGCUAUAUUAAAUUGGCUGCUAACUAUGAUGUACGUUACUACAGUAUAACAUGCUGUGUUUCAGUUACUGGCAGUUUAAUGCUGUGCUGCUUUGCAAAAUAAAUUUGAAAGCAAAGCAAAUGGUGUAUGGCUACUGCUUUUUAUUAAAGGUUUCAAGAAAUUUGAAUGCUUAAGAAUUCUCUGUGGAAGUGGAAGACUUUCUAAACAUUACUUUCCGGUAUAAAGUGUGUAUGUGUGUGUGUGUUUUUUUUUUUUUAUUGGUUCAUCUUUCAAAAAUAGAAUUUGCAGCAGAAUUGUGUUUACAAUAAUCCACCAUUUUUAUUGCAAGGAGGUGAAACACACUGAGUCAGUUGUGUACAGACAGGCCUUUGUCAUGCCCAAAGCAACCAUAAGGUAUGAGAAAAAACGUAACCCUUGUGUGACAGUACCUGCCAGAGUAGCAAAUAGACUUUGAGUACUACAAUGUUUCUCAUUUUGUAUUACCACUGAAGUGUAAGAAUUUUUUAUUUGAGCAGGUUUCUAGAAUAACAGAAUACAGAUUUUUUUUUUUCUUUCUAUAAAUACUGCAGAAAAUCCCAGAACAAGGAUACCUAAUUAUCUUUAAAGCUUGUUCCAUCAUCUUUAUCUUGAAGUUGUGUCAGGAAGUUGUGUAAAAAGGUGGUUAUUGCAAGUACAAAUUCAUCAAACAGUAAUAUGCUUUGUCACAUGGACUACCAACUGUCUCUGAAGGCUCACUUGAAUUCAGGUUUUUAUAUAUAUAUAGGAGCAUACAGUUCAGAGACCAACAUACUUAAAGUUUUAUGUUGUAACAUAUGCUGUUUAACAAUCAUUUCAAUCACAAUUUUGAAAAUUACAUUAUUUGACAAAGCGGGGUUGAAGAGUCAAAGUAAUUGUUUAUGCAGUUCUCUAGUUUCUGGGUCCCAGGUGCUAAACAUCCAAUCCUAGUGGCCCUGGAUGUGAGCGAGUGCUCUGUUUAUUUUGUUUUGUCUGUUUGUUUUGGCCAAGAAGCUGUUUUCUUUUGCAAAGUGUUUUGUUCAAUCUUUUUAUUUAUUAAUAAAACUUGCGCAUCAGCGCUUUCAUUACCCCA